GACAAUCUACCAUCUCGACAUGUUAUAUUUCCCUUCAAUCUCCGGCAUAACAGGGAAGCUCUCAAUAAUAAGACUUGGGAGCAACUAUGAGAUCUCUGUCCUGAUACCAAAUAUGUGUCAUUCGAUGGCUAUUUCUUAGCAUCUCACCUCGGUUCUCUUCCUGCUAAGCCAUGGCCGAUUACUAUUGGCGGUGUCCAACCAUACUUCAGGUUGAUGAGGCUUUUGAACAAGUAAUAAGCUACUUUUCAGGCUUCAACAUAUCCACCACAAAAGUCAAGUACUGGAACACUUUCUUUGUCCUUGUCUUGAAGAGAGAGGACAUGGAUCUGCUUGAAUCUCCCAGUACAAUAGGAUAUCAAUGGGGAUUUUAACUAUUUGAAAAGAAGAUGGGCCGUCAGGACGAACCUCUGGCGCAGAGAAACUGUGACCUGGCCAGUGAGUGGCAUUACGGACAGCAGCGAGUGUGACAUGCUGCGACACGGGGUCAUGCUCGAUUUUGAAAAGCAUUCUAACAGUGGCAUGGAAUUGCGCACAAUUCCAGAUGUUCUUGUCGAAGAUGGGAUGCGCGAAAGAUGCCUCACUAUAGCGUCGCGCGGCCCUUCAUAUGGCGACAGAGUCUUCCGCCUAUCUGCCAGAGGCAGGGACAUUUCGCGCAUUUUUAUAGAAGUUUCCCACACCGAUGUUGCGCUUGUCAAGCGAAAUGAGGAUGAGACCGACCAGUCCAGGAAUGGAAGCUUCGGGGCCACAUCCCUCAGGGUUCCACCAACGAAGUUGAAGGAACUCAUACUCCCAAAUGAGUUCCAAAUAGGCUUCACCGUUUAUACGAAUAACCCGUUCGCUGGGUACUUUGAAGGGACGUGCCGGCCACACUCUAACUGCGCAUCCUAAGUGAUGACCCUCACGAAGUACAAUGGAUCAGGCCUCAAUUGGCCUAUAUGGGGCAGUAAUUCUUUGAUAUUCUGCGAUAUGGUGUAUGUGGGUCCGCGAUCUGGAGUGAUGAUGGUCAGGUUCUGGGGUUCUUCCGGUACUAGAGAAGAA